AUGUUCUCUCUUACUCUAGAUAAUGCAGCUGCAAAUGAAGUUGCUGUUAAGGAUGUGAUUAAAGUAUUUAUGAAGAAGUCCCCCUUAGUUUGUGAUGGUUUGUUCUUUCACGUGAGAUGUGCCAAUCACAUACUUAAUCUGAUUGCUAGAGAUGGUUUGAAGCAAAUUGGAGAUGCAAUUUGGGGUAUUCGAACAUUCGUACUGGCUGUGAAGUGCUCUCCUCCGCAGUGGGAGGAUUUUAUUAAAUGUGCAGAGGAGUGUGGACUGAGCACAACUAGGGGUCUUUCAUUGGAUGUUCAGACAAGAUGGAAUUCAACCUACCUAAUGUUGAAGGAUGCCAUAUAUUACAAAGAUGCUUUUGACAGGCUUUAUGAAACUGACAAGAAAAGGUAUGCAGGGGUAAACCCAUCAGAUGAAGAUUGGGAUCAGGCGCAAAUACUCUGUAAAUGCUUGAAGAGGUUCAAUGAUAUCACUGAGUUAUUGUCAGGUACUUUAUAUCCGACAGCAAAUCUGUUUUACCAAAGCUUUUGUGAAAUUAAGGCUUUAAUCUCUGAGUGGUGCAGCAGUGCUAACGACACUAUCAAAAGAAUGACAGACUCUAUGAACACUACAUUUGAGAAGUACUGGAAGAAGUCAAAUAUUGCGCUUGUUGUGGCUUUCUUUCUUGAUCCUAGGUACAAGAAAAAGGCAAUAGAGUUUUACAUGAGAAAAAUUUAUGGGCCAUUGUUGUAUCAUGGCAAAGUAGAAGAGUUCAUUGUUGUUGUCAAGCAAAUGUAUCAAGCAUAUGCUUCUAUUCCAAAAGGUGCUACUGGACAUGGCUCUGCUAACGGUGUUGAUCCAAAGAGAUGUGAUAUUAUGGAAGAAGAUGACGAUGAAGAUUUCCAGAACUACUUGCAUGAGACACAUGGGUUAGUUGAUGAAGGUGAGACAAGUGACUUGGAGAAAUACAUGGCAGAACCACCGUUGAGGGGUCCUAAAACUGGUUCUAAUAAAUUUGAUGUCUUAUCAUGGUGGAAAAGUCAUCAAGAAGUAUAUCCAAUUCUAUCUGUACUUGCUCGUGAUGCCCUGGCUAUCCAAGCAUCCACGGUUCCUUCUGAAUCAGCAUUUAGUGCUGGAGGGCGUGUUAUUGAUCCAUUCCGCAGUCGUCUUGAACCAGAGAUGGUGGAAGCAUUGAUUUGUACCAAAUAUUGGGUGGCUGCAUCCAGAAAAGAUGACAAGAAAGGGGUUGGAUCUAUUCUCAAUGAUCUAGAAGUUGCAGAAACCCUUAUUGCUAAUUUGACACUCGAGGAUCUUGAGGACAAGGUAUGA